GAGAUGCCACACUUUGGUUACUUUGAAGAGCUCCGGGUUUGUACAUCCGUGCCGUCCGUCUGCGCUUUCUCUUUCAUUGAGUGCAGGGUUCCAGCACCAGUGGGCCUUUCUUUGGGAACUUCCUUCCUUACGCAGCACCACUUUAAAAAGAAGCCGUAAACCGAGGGGCUGCAGGCAUAUAAACAGUUCCCUUCGCCUUUGCACUGAAAAGGAAUUAGCAUGAUGCUGGCUUUGCUGUUUCUCGUUGCUUUCGCAGCGGCCGCGCGCGCCAGUGAUGUGCUCGAGUACACAGAUGACGAUUUUGACAGCAGAAUAGGAGACGAUCUCAUCUUGGUGGAGUUCUUCGCACCCUGGUGUGGUCACUGCAAGCGUCUUGCCCCUGAGUAUGAGGCAGCCGCCACUCGACUGAAAGGCAUUGUCCCACUUGCUAAGGUGGACUGUACCGCCAAUUCCAAAGUGUGCGGUAAAUAUGGUGUAAGCGGAUACCCAACCCUGAAGAUUUUCAGAGACGGUGAGGACUCUGGAGGCUAUGAUGGUCCCAGGACUGCAGAUGGAAUUGUUAGCCAUCUGAAAAAGCAGGCUGGUCCAGCUUCGGUGGAACUCAAAAAUGAAGCUGAUUUUGAGAAGUACAUUGGAGAUCGUGAUGCUAGUGUUGUGGGCUUCUUCGCUGACGGAGGAAGUGCCGCUCAGGGAGAGUUUCUGAAGGCAGCCAGUGCUUUGAGAGAGUCCUACCGCUUCGCCCACACUAACAAUGAGGAUCUGUUAAAGAAACAUGGCAUUGAUGGAGAAGGUAUUAUUUUGUUCCGGUCACCGCAACUGAGCAACAAAUUUGAAGACAGCAGCGUGUUGUUCACAGAAGACAAAUUCACAAGCGCAAAGAUCAAGAAGUUCAUUCAGGACAACAUUUUUGGCAUCUGUGCCCACAUGACUGAGGACAACAAAGACCAGCUGAAAGGCAAAGACUUGUUAGUGGCCUACUAUGAUGUGGAUUAUGAGAAGAACCCCAAGGGCUCGAACUACUGGAGGAAUAGGGUAAUGAAAGUGGCCAAGGGUUUCCUGGAUCAGGGGAAGAAACUGAGUUUCGCUGUGGCCAAUAAGAACCGCUUCAGCCAUGAUGUGUCUGAACUGGGUCUGGACGGCAGCAGUGGAGAACUUCCUCUCGUUGGCAUUCGAACAGCCAAAGGAGACAAAUACGUCAUGAAGGAGGAGUUCUCUCGUGAUGGAAAGGCCUUGGAGAGGUUCCUGCAGGAUUAUUUUGAUGGAAACCUGAAGCGUUACCUUAAAUCUGAGCCCGUUCCUGAGAACAACGAUGGCCCUGUGAAGGUUCUUGUGGCUGAGAACUUUGACUCGAUUGUAAACGAUGACAGUAAAGACGUUCUCAUCGAGUUUUAUGCCCCCUGGUGUGGACACUGCAAGAGCCUGGAGCCCAAAUAUAAAGAACUGGGAGAGAAGCUUUCCGAAGAUCCAAAUAUCGUCAUUGCAAAAAUGGAUGCCACCGCUAAUGAUGUCCCCUCUCCGUAUGAAGUUAGCGGGUUCCCCACAAUCUAUUUCUCCCCAGCUGGCCGUAAACAGAAUCCAAAGAAAUAUGAGGGAGGUCGUGAAGUGAGCGACUUCAUUUCCUACCUGAAGAGAGAGGCCACAAACACAGUGGUCGUUCAAGAGGACAAGAAGAAAUCAAAAAAGAAGAAGAGCGAGUUGUAAUCAAACGCAGCGCAGCAGCCUGGGAGGAAAAUUUCUGCAGGAGUCGUAAAUUAUAUCCCAAUCUUUAGUGAAGCAAGUGUCACAAUGUCGGCCUGCUGCUCUUGGACGCUGUGGAAGUUUGUGACGGCCAGACUGUGAUUUUUAGAUAUGAGGAAGAAGAGGUACAGAUCUGUCAAAAUGAGAUUUGUUUUUUUAUUUUUAUUUUUUACUCUACACUGUCUGUACCUUGGAGAGAUGCACUUUUGAGACCAAUUCUAUAUUUCUUUCUCGUGGAAAAGGGUAGGGGGAUUUGGUGAGUUUUUCUUUUGUACCAUUUUUUUUUUUUUUUUUGUAUGUUUGGAAGGAUUCUGAAAUAAAAGGCCCACAAAACCUA